AUUUAUCAAGUCGACGCUUGCCUUGAUGUACAUAGAAAUACUUAAGCAUUAUUCAAAAUGAAAUUGGUUUUUUUAACUUUCCUCUGCUGGUCCGCUACUCCGUCUCUAUCGCAAGCAGAUACCCGACUGGUUUGUUACCUCGAUGUCAAAGCGAUCAACCGUACAGGCGAUGGCGCUUUUAGUUUGGACAAAAUCGACCCUUUUUUGUGUACUCACCUCAUUUACGGAUUUACUUCCGAUAUGACUACAAACAGCGAUUCUUAUGGAUCGACAGGAAUACCUCACGACAAAUUUCUAGGACCGAGAGUCAAGAAUCCCACGCUGAAAAUCAUGGCUAGUAUUAAAUCAGAAGAUUUGAAAUGGGAUCACAACAGCAUGGAAAAAACGGUAAACACGACAGUGGAUUAUCUAAAAAAAUAUCGUUUCGACGGAUUAGACAUUUAUUGGAAUAUGUCUUCCAGCAAUAUUCCAACCACGCCUUUCUUUUUUGCCCUACGAAAUGCGUUCCAGAAAAAUGGUCUAUUACUCAGUCUGGCGUUGUACACCGAAACGACAGCCGAAGUUACUUACUUUAUGGAAAUUAUCCCCAACUAUAUCGAUUUUGUCAGCGUCUUGGCUUACGACUUAACUAGAUCUACUGAACAGUUUUGGCAGGCUGACCAUCCAGCCCCAUUGUACAGCACUCGAAGCAGGAAUGUCGAUUCGUUAAUUCAUUACUUUUUGGAACACGACAUGCCAGCUGACAAAAUCAACCUGGCUAUUCCAAUGUACGGUGGUAGCUGGACCAUCCCGGCUUCUAGUAAAUUGGAACCACCCCUUUCGGCUACCUGGGGUCCUGCAAAUAAACACACCGGUCGUCUGGGACAAAUACCUUACUUCGAAAUCUGUUCUAACAUUCGAUCAAGUGGAUGGCAAGUCUACGGCGAAGACGAUAACUCAACUGGGCCCUACGCAGUUUCACCUGAGCAAAUGAACAACAAAUUCUGGGUAGGCUACGAUGACGUAGACACCGUAACGAGAAAGAGCGACUACGCCCGAAACAUAAGAGGUCUUGGUGGUGUUACAGUAUGGGAUCUCAGCCAGGAUGAUUUCCGUAAUAUUUGUGGCAAGGGACCUUACCAGCUAACAACAGCUAUCUCCCGUACUUUGGGAAUCCCGCGGGCACCGUCGUUAGCUUCAAGCGUUCGUUCAGGUCUAUCGCACAUCAUGUUCUUGGCUUUUGCUUGGGGCCUGUAUUACCGUCUUUAAAUCAUCACAACCAAUGCCUGUUUGGAUUUUCCGGUUAUAUCUGGUUUUGCUUUUGUUUUUUUCUGAACGAAAUGCGCACUUUAAUGUGUUCGUUAUUGUGUAAUGCAGCAUUCGUUGGUGCAAUACUUUCGAAAUGCAUUGUUGACUACUUUUCACAAUCAUUUGGCACGUGAAAUACAAAAAUCACUGCGUACCCAAGCGCCGGAUAUGACAA